AUGGCUCCCGUCGCCACCGCCAACGACAACACCCGCCAGGUUCGUUUCGUUGAGAAGCUCAACGCCGAGCAAGCUCCCGUCCACGAGGAGGCCAUUGCUUCCGACUCUCUCGAGGUCAGCGGCUUCGAUGAAGUAGAGCGCUCCACCGACUUUUGGGCCGGCUCCUUGCCCGCUGCCCAGGGUCUCUACGACCCCGACAACGAGAAGGAUGCCUGCGGUGUUGGUUUCAUGUGCCAGAUCAAGGGCAAGCCCGCUCACAAGAUCGUCUCCGAUGCGCGCUUCCUCCUCUGCAACAUGACCCACCGUGGUGCCGUCGGUGCCGACGCCCGUGACGGUGACGGUGCCGGUGUCAUGACCGGCAUUCCAGACACCUUCUUCCGCCGCGAGACCGAGCGCGACCUUGGCGUCAAGCUCCCCGCUCAGGGUCAGUACGCCGUCGGUAACUUGUUCUUCAACCCCAAGGACGACAAGGCCCGUGCCGAGCACGUCGAGACCUUCACCGGCAUCGCAGACAAGCUCGGCCUUCGUGUCCUCGGAUGGCGUGACGUCCCUGUCGACAACUCGAUCCUUGGCCCUGCCUCCAAGAGCAAGGAGCCCAAGAUCAUGCAGCCUUUCGUCGUCCUCAAGGACCACUACGGCUCCGGCACCACUCCUGCCGAGACCUCCAAGGCUUUCGACGAGCAGUACUUUGGACGUCAGCUCUACGUUCUGCGCAAGCACGCCACACACACCAUCGGUCUCCAGAACUGGUUCUACAUCUGCUCGCUCAGCCCCACCAACAUCAUCUACAAGGGUCAGCUCAGCCCCGUCCAGGUGUACAACUACUACUACGACCUCAACAACGUCCACUACGCCUCGCACUUUGCCCUCGUCCACUCGCGUUUCUCCACCAACACCUUCCCUUCCUGGGACCGUGCUCAGCCCAUGCGAUGGGCUGCGCACAACGGUGAGAUCAACACCAUCCGCGGUAACAAGAACUGGAUGCGUGCUCGCGAGGGUCUCCUCAAGUCCGAGACCUUUGGCGACGAGCUCGACCUCCUCUACCCCAUCAUCGAGGGCGGUGGAUCUGACUCGGCUGCUUUCGACAAUGUGCUCGAGCUUCUCGUCAUCAACAAGGUGCUCACCCUUCCUCAGGCAGUCAUGAUGAUGAUUCCCGAGGCUUGGCAGGGCUCGGCCCAGCACAUGGAGCCUGAGAAGGUCGCCUUCUACCAGUGGGCUGCCUGUCUCAUGGAGCCAUGGGACGGUCCUGCGCUCUUCACUUUCGCCGACGGUCGCUACUGUGGUGCCAACCUGGACCGAAACGGUCUCCGACCUUGCCGAUACUACAUCACUGACGAAGACAUCAUGAUCUGCGCCUCCGAAGUCGGCACCGUCACCAUCGAUCCCAAGACCGUUAUUGCCAAGGGCCGUCUUCAGCCCGGUAAGAUGCUCCUUGUCGACACUGUCGAGGGUCGCGUCGUCGAGGACCGUGAGCUCAAGAUGAGCACCGCUCAGCGCGCCGACUUUGCCGCUUGGAUUGAGAACCAGCUGCUCCGCCUGCCCGAGAUUGUCGACACUGUUCGUCGCAACACCAGCAACGCCAUCGCCCCCGUCCUCGACGAGGAGCGUCUCAGCACCGACCCCAAGCUCCUUGCCUUUGGUUACACGGCCGAGCAGAUCAACCUUCUCAUGCUUCCCAUGGUUGCUGACGGAAAGGAGGCGCUCGGUUCCAUGGGUAACGAUGCUCCGCUCGCCUGUAUCUCGACCGCUCCUCGUGUCAUCUACGACUACUUCCGCCAGCUCUUCGCCCAGGUCACCAACCCUCCCAUCGACCCUAUCCGAGAGUCGAUCGUCAUGUCGCUCGAGCAGUACGUCGGUCCCGAGGGCAACAUGCUCGAGAUGAAGCCCGAGCAGUGCCACCGUCUACUGCUGCCUUCGCCCAUCCUCAGCAUCGACCAGCUCAACGCCAUUAAGCAGAUCGACACAGUCCACUCUGACUGGACCGCCAAGACCAUCGACAUCACCUACGACAAGGGCGAGGGCAUCAUCGGCUACGAGCGCACCCUCGACCGCAUCUGCUCCGAGACCUCGCAGGCCAUUCGCGACGGCUACCGUGUCGUUGUCCUUUCCGACCGUGCCAUCGGUGCCGACCGAGUCGCCAUCUCCUCGCUCAUCGCCGUUGGUGGCGUCCACCACCACCUGAUCCGUAACAAGGAGCGUAGCCGCAUCGCCCUCAUGGUCGAGUCCGCUGAGGCCCGUGAGGUUCACCACAUGUGUGUCCUCCUCGGUUACGGUGCCGAUGCCAUCUGCCCCUGGCUCGCUAUGGAGGCCAUCCUCAAGGUCGCCCGUGAGGGUCUCGUCAAGGCCGACCUCAGCGCCAACCAGCUCAUUGAGAACUGGACCCACGCCGUCGACAACGGUAUCCUCAAGGUCAUGUCCAAGAUGGGUAUCUCGACGCUCGCCUCGUACAAGGGCGCUCAGAUCUUCGAGGCCCUCGGUCUUGCCAGCGACGUCAUCGACCGCUGCUUCGUCGGUACCGCUUCGCGUGUCUCGGGUUCCGACUUUACCUUGCUCGCCAUGGACGCGCUCGAGUUCCACGACCGCGGUUACCCCUCGCGCGACACCAUCUCGAUCCCCGGUCUCCCCGAGUCUGGUGAGUACCACUACCGUGACGGUGGUGAGGCUCACAUCAACGACCCCAUGGCCAUCGCCCACCUUCAGGACGCCGCUCGUGAGCGUAAUCAGGCUGCCUGGGAUUCCUAUUCCAAGGCUUCGCACAAUGCCGUCAAAGCCACCUCGCUGCGUGGCAUGCUCGACUUUGACUUUACGAAGUCGCGUCCUGUCCCCAUCGACCAGGUCGAGCCCUGGACCGAGAUUGUCCAGCGAUUCUGCACCGGUGCCAUGUCGUACGGUUCCAUCUCGAUGGAGGCCCACUCGGCUCUCGCCAUUGCCAUGAACCGUCUCGGCGGUAAGUCCAACACCGGCGAAGGCGGUGAGGACGCCGAGCGAUCUAUUCCUCUGCCCAACGGCGACUCGCUCCGAUCCAAGAUCAAGCAGAUCGCCUCGGGUCGUUUCGGUGUCACGAGCAACUAUCUCGCCGACUCGGACGAGCUGCAGAUCAAGAUGGCUCAGGGUGCCAAGCCCGGUGAGGGUGGUGAGCUGCCCGGUCACAAGGUCUCGCCUUCGAUCGCUCGUACGCGUCACUCGACCGCCGGUGUCGGUCUCAUUUCGCCUCCUCCUCACCACGACAUUUACUCGAUCGAGGACCUGAAGCAGCUCAUCUACGACCUCAAGUGCGCCAACCCCCGUGCACGCGUCAGUGUCAAGCUUGUCUCCGAGGUCGGUGUCGGCAUCGUCGCAUCCGGUGUCGCCAAGGCCAAGGCCGACCACAUCCUCGUCUCGGGUCACGACGGUGGUACCGGUGCCUCCCGAUGGACCGGUAUCAAGUACGCCGGUCUUCCUUGGGAGCUCGGUCUCGCCGAGACCCACCAGACGCUCGUCCUCAACGAUCUCCGUGGCCGUGUCACCGUCCAGACCGACGGUCAGAUUAGAACUGGCAGAGAUACUGCGAUCGCAUGUCUCCUCGGCGCCGAAGAGUUCGGCUUCGCCACUACUCCUUUGAUCGCCCUAGGCUGCAUCAUGAUGGUGAUUAUAGAUUUGCUCCCGACAGCAUCAUCUUUCCAGUCAGGAAAGGUGUUGUUCGCCAUCAAAACGAUGAUAUCAAAGUACUGA